AUGGCGGUAAAUGUGUGCACAGCACUUUGCAGAUCCCUCGCUGCUGCCGCAGAUUUGCACCUGGGAGAACGAGCCGAACUCGGGGGUUACGGUGCUGCAUUGAAGGCAUGCAGCGGGGCUCGGCAGUGGCAGCAUGCAGCUUUGGUGCUAGCAAGCAUGGCGUCAACGCGAGUGGCACCAGACGCGCAGGCUCAGCUUGAUCUGUCUCUGGCGCUGCAGAGUACACACCGCGCGACCGAGCCCAACCGGUCCCGGCGUUCUGUGGGACAGCAGAUGGAGCCAGGUGACGACCACUUGAUGGACGCCGAAGAGAUGCGUGUCCUAUUGAGCGCAGGGCUGCUGUGCUGGGCAAAAGCGCUGAAGCUGGGCGUCACGGACCUGGCCGGCGUCCUGAAGGUGCUGAAGGAGCCGGCGAGACUCGUAGAAGGCGCUUCGGGCAGGAUCCUGCAGCCCACGCUUGAUUCGGAGACGUCCAUCGAGGCCUUCGUGAUCAGCGUGGAGGAGUACCGCCGGGACCGCCUGCGGCGAAUCGAGGCGGGUGAUGAGUCUGCGGCCUUGGUGGUUCCACGAGCUAAGGUGCCGGCCAAAGCCGGGGCAAAGGCGCCGGCUCGAGUUGUCGCCAAAGCGCCGGCCAAGGCGAUUGCGAAGACGCCGGCGGCAAAGCUGCUGCCCUCUGAGCCACAGGUACGACCUGUGGUAAAGAUGCCUGCCAAGCGGCCGACAUCUGCCCCUUUGCCACCAGCCAAGAGGCAAAGGCCUAUUGGCAGCCCG